CACACACACACACAUACACACACACACACACGCGCGCGCGCACACACACGUUGCAUCACCACGAACUAGUCCUUUUCCGAGAAGGAUGUUCAAGUCAGGGGGCAGAAAGAGUGAUGACAGUGUUUUUACCGCAGCUGGAGAGAACGCCGGGCUCAAACCCAGAGCCUCUUUGGAGAGAGGGAUGCGUGUAAUGUGAGUACUGACGCAAAACCCGAGGUCGGAUAAUGGACUGCUCAAGAAACUGGAACGGUGCGUGAUGUGUGAGUGAGUGUGGAGACUGCUGUGUGCGUAGACGUCACGUAUGUUCGGCGCUCACCAUUCAUGCAGUGUGAUCGUUCCAGCAAGCACCUCUGCACUCUCUCUCUCUCGGUCUAUGUCUGUGUCUCUCCCUCUCUCCUCCUCCUCGCCGUGCCACAUGUGCACACACGCACCCACGUCUGUAGUGGCCUGAGAGCCAUCAGAAGACACUAUUAAUAUUCAACAGCCCCCUCGUUUUCUCGUCACGUCACUCAAUAUGGCCACUCUGCAACAGCACCGGCAGCUCCUGAUGCUUGGAACCGAAGUCAGCUGCGACUCCAGCGGAGACGGAGCUGUGACCGUGCGAAUCACCAACAGCGUGCCACACGUGCAUCGACAUGAGCCGCUGAGGGCUGCCAACUGUGGAGCUGGAGGAGCUGGAGGAGCUGGAGGCUGUGGGACUGCGAGUACUGUGAACCCUGACCCCCACAAAUACAGCAUUUCCUCCAGCUGCAGCUCAGCAGAGUCCAGGCCAGCUGUGACCUCUGCUUUGAGGGUCCACAGGAAGGCACCACCGUUGUUUGAACGCUCUGCAGCCCAAUGCUGGGACCCCAAAUUUGACUCAGCCAUCCUGGAAGAGGCGUGUCAAGAGAGGUGUUUUCCUCAGACACAGAGGCGCUUCCGUUAUGUCCUGUUCUACCUUACAGUGGCAGCUGUACUCUGGGGGGUGUACUUUGGGGUCAAUAACGACCGCUGCAGCCCUUUGACCUUCCUAGCACCCACAGUCUCCUUCUUGGUCUUUUUAGUGCUCCUUUUUUUGUUCACAUUCACACAGCCCUACACGUGGCUGUACAACCAAACCUCCCUGCUCCUGAUAGCGGUCACCUUCGCUAUUACCUUAGCUCCACAGAUACAGACUGCUGGUUACACUGAGCUGGAGUGGGCCGGUGGUGGGAAUGCCUCAUAUCACUCACCAGAUGAAAUAGUACAAACUAUAACCCACUGCAUCUCCCCUGUAGGCACCUUCUCCCUGUGCAUGGAAGUUCUGCUGUUGUUAUACAGUGUCCUCCAUGUUCGUCUGUAUGCCUCAGUGAUGCUCGGGCUUCUCUAUUCUAUUUUAUUUGAAGCACUAGGAUGGCUGCCCUUGCUUCAAAGCAAUUAUGAAUCUGGCAGAAGGAAUACUGGAGCAGAGGGUUCGGGCUCCGAUUGGGAAGGAGACACACUCCGCUGGCUUGGUCCAGCCAAAGCUCUGCUCCAUUUGUGUGCCCAUGUCAUUGGCAUCCACCUGUUUAUCAUGUCAGAGGUUCGUUCCCGCAGCACCUUCCUCAAAGUGGGCCAGGCUAUCAUGCAUGGCAAAGACUUGGAGGUGGAGAAGGCCUUGAAGGAACGCAUGAUUCACUCAGUCAUGCCACGGAGAGUUGCAGACGAGCUGAUGAAGCAGGGCGACGAUGAGGGUGGUGGGGAGAACUCCGGCAAGCGUUACUCCUCUGGUGCUUGCUCUGCCUCAGCCAUCUCUGUGGGUGGUGGAGGAAACUGCGGAGCUUCACAAGCCCAAAGUACCACGAGCCCCAAAAAUCACCCUCACAACAAUCACAAACGCAAGAAGACCUCCAUCCCUCGUGGACAGAUAAUAUUUAGGCCCUUCAACAUGAAACGCAUGGAGCCUGUGAGCAUCCUCUUUGCAGACAUUGUGGGUUUCACCAGAAUGUCUGCCAAUAAGUCAGCACCAGCCUUGGUGGGACUUCUCAAUGACCUGUUUGGACGUUUUGACCGGCUCUGUGAACUAACUCAUUGUGAGAAGAUCAGCACCCUGGGAGAUUGCUACUACUGCGUAGCAGGUUGCCCUGAGCCCAGACCGGACCACGCCUACUGCUGUGUUGAGAUGGGUCUGGGCAUGAUCCAGGCCAUCGAACAGUUCUGUCAGGAGACACGUGAGACUGUCAACAUGCGAGUUGGUGUCCACACAGGCACUGUUCUCUGUGGGAUCCUGGGAAUUAAACGCUUCAAGUUUGAUGUGUGGUCGAACGAUGUCAAUCUGGCUAACCUGAUGGAGCAGCUGGGCGUGGCAGGAAAGGUCCACCUGUCAGAGGCCACUGCCCGAUUCCUGGAUGACCGCUACCAGAGGGAGGAUGGGCGGGUGGCGGAGAGAGCGGGGCUGAGUGUGGUGGAGAAACUCAAGGGGCUGCAGACGUACCUGAUCUCAGGGAGGAAGUCGGAGCACAAUGCGCAGUGUGAAUGUUCUCAGGUGGGACUGCCGGGUGGAGACACUGGAAGGGUCGGCCUGUCCUCCUGUCCUCAGCCACACACACCAGACCUCAUCCCUGGUGGGGCACAGGCUGCAGAGCCCCUCUUGUCUCUCCAACCACCAGACAGGAUUGUGCCUCCCUGUGUGCCCCGUAGUGUGGCCUUGUCUGUGGGAACAGAGCAGGGUGAUGAUGUGGCUGUGUUGAAUGGCUGCCAGGAGGAGCGCAAGACUAGUAGUGCAAAGUUCAUCCCGGGUCACAGCCCCAGGGCGGCCAAUGGUCUCCUGAGUCCUCCACUGGAAGACCCAGUGCAGGCAAGCCAGAGCUCCCUGUGUGACAUGCUCCAGGAGAAAGAGAAGAAGACCAGCACCAGCACAGGAACUGGCACCAGUCUAGGCAUGACUGGGGGCACGGGGGCAGCGGGUCCAGGUAUAGACCACUCCGCCCUCAUCCAGCUGCGUGCCAAGAACUUCAGAGAAAAGAGCGACGCCCACUUUGUGGAUGUUAUCAGGGAGGACAGUCUGAUGAAGGAUUACUUUUUCAAGCCACCCAUCAACAAGAUCAGCCUCAAUUUCUUAGAGAGACCUCUGGAAAUGGCAUAUCGCAGCAGCUACAAGGAAGAGGUGAAAAAACAGGCUCAGGUGCAAACAUUUGCAAGCUCCACCUUCAGUUCUUUCUUGGACGUUCUCCUCAGCUGUUUUGUCUUCUUGGCCCUGACCCUGGCCUGCUUCCUGCCACCUCUCGUGAGCCCAGCCACUGUGGGCCCUCCAGCUCCUGCUGCCCUGGUCCUGGCUCCCCUGGCAGGCUUGUUGGAGUUGGCCUCCCUGGUGCUGUCCAUACGUAUGGCCUUCUAUUUGGAGGAGGUGAUGCACUGUACCCGUAUCCUGCUCCUAGUGGUCUCUGGAUGGGUUCCCCGUCAUGUGAUCGGGGCCGUGUUAGUGUCCCUACCAGCAGUCUCGGUCUUAUCCCACCUCACCUACAGCAUCCACCUGCCCCUCCAGGUGACCAUGUUCCUGUGCUGCGCCACCAUCCUGGCCAUCAUCCAGUAUUGUAACUUCUGUCAACUUAGUUUCUGGAUGCGUUCAGUCCUGGCCACUGUUACUGGAGUUGCUCUGCUGCUGCUGUUGUACAGCCCUUUACACAGUUUCGGUAAUAACAGCUUGCAGGUUCAUGGACUGAACAUCUCCACAUCAAGUGACGGUGCUUCAGAACUGGGCCCUGACCCUCCACCACGCCCUCUUGACCUUUUGCUCCCAGAGGCUGUCCUGGCCUUCUUCCUGCUCCUUCUCCUGGUCUGGUUCCUCAACCGCGAGUUCGAGGUCAGCUACCGUCUCCAUUACCAUGGCAACGUGGAGGCUGACAAACACCGCUCCAAGAUUCAGAUGAUGCGAGACCAGGCUGAGUGGUUACUGGGAAACAUCAUCCCCAUUCACGUCGCUGACCAGCUCAAGGUCACGCAGAGCUACUCCAAGAACCACGACAGCGUGGGUGUGAUCUUUGCCAGUAUUGUAAACUUCAGUGAGUUCUAUGAAGAGAGUUACGAAGGUGGAAAAGAGUGCUACCGCGUCCUCAACGAGCUCAUCGGAGACUUCGAUGAGCUCCUUCGCAAACCUGAAUUCGAAAGUGUGGAAAAAAUCAAGACAAUUGGGGCCACGUACAUGGCAGCGUCGGGGCUGAAUGUCCGGCAGCCGGCUGAGAGCGACGAUGACUCUCCCCACGGUCACCUGAGGGCACUUUUCAACUUUGCCCUGGAGAUGAUGGGCGUCCUGGAUGACUUCAACAAGAACAUGCUAGGUUUUGGUUUCAAGCUCCGUAUUGGAUAUAACCAUGGGCCGCUGACGGCAGGGGUGAUAGGCACCACCAAGCUGCUCUAUGACAUCUGGGGAGAUACGGUAAACAUUGCCAGCCGCAUGGACUCCACUGGUGUGGAGUGUCGGGUGCAGGUGAGUGAGGAGAGCCACGCUCUGCUCAGCACUAUGGGUUUAGAGUUUGACUAUAGAGGUACCGUGAAUGUUAAAGGCAAAGGUCAAAUGAGGACCUAUUUAUACCCAAAAAGUGGGGGAAGUAUAUGUCAAGAUCACAUGGAGGAGGCCAUUGGACUCGGACCCUCAUUCGCAGCAUUGCCAGCCAAUAAGACUACAGGAUCUGUUGCCCAGGUAGCAGCUCUUCCUCCCUCUUCUCCUCCUCCUUCCCUCUCUCUAUCCACACACCCUCCUCAACUCCAAAGUGCUGGAAGGCCAUCAGGAGCAGGGUCUGAGCCUGUCCAAGCUAAGUCCACAGGGAUGGGGGAGGAAGGAUAUAGGGACGCUCCAAACCUCCCUGGACAGUCCUCUGCCACAGACCUUCACUCCACUCCCUGCUCUGAACUAGGCACAGAACCUGGUGCCGCACAAAUGACCCCCCGGGGGCAGCAUGCUCCCCUCGCUCUUCAGGAGGAGGAGGAGGAUGAGGAGGUCAAUGAGCUGACGAAACUCAAUGAGGAGUUUUAUGCUCGUCUCUGAUCCCUUCCUCUUUCCUUCCCCUGUCUUGACUCCCUCAGCUGCUGUCUCUCCAGGCCUGAUUGCAGGUAUGGGCAGGAUGUCCCUCCCAUUAGGCAAGUGUCUUCUGUAGAUGGAUGAAGAAGAGUCAUAUCAACACCAACCGUGGCUAUGUCAACUGUGAAAAUGGCUACUAACAUCUUAAAUGGGAACGUUACCUGAGUGUUGGGGUAGGUUCAGCCUGUGUUGAGCACAGUUUAUUAUGGGGAACCGGCUGACAGGAAACAAGAGGGAAAAGAAGAUUUGUUGGUGUUGUUGAUGAUGGUUUGUUUUGUUUUGUUUUUUUUUGUAUUCAUUUUUGUUAUCAAGUGCCUUCAGGACUAGAGCAGUGAACAAACAAAUAUGAAUGCUGAACAAAGUUUUAACAAUCUUAGGCCACAGAACGUGCUGUGGUUUCUUACUCCAUGCUCUUAUCUUCAAUGCAAGUAUUUCUUUAAAAAAAAAAAUCAUUAUUGUUGUGCCAUAUCAUUUGUUUUAACUUGAUCAGUCUUGACCUUACAUAAGGGAAAAUAAGUCUAGAUUCUAUAUAAGUGCCAGUGCAGCAUGACGGGCUUAGCAGGGAACUAAGGGAAGAUGAGGGACUCACAUGAAGCAGUGUUAAUUUAUGUAUUCUGCUUUGACUGCUUUGACACGAGGGCUUAAUACAUUAUUCAUUUGUGCUUGAGUCUAAUGCUACAAAGCAGGCUGCAUAGAUUUUAGUUUGUGUGUAGCAGCUAAAUGCACAUUUUAAGCACAGGUCUUGCACAGUGUUUUCUCGACCACUUGUAUUUGGUAGUUAUUACCAUGAGAAGGCUUUGAAGAUUUUCAGUUCUUGAGUUCUUGUCUUUCACAACAAGUGCAAUCAAAAGCGCAAAAUCAAAUCAUAUAAGGGAAUAUAGAUUUAGAACAAAUGAUUUUAGAGUUACAAAAAAAAAAAGUGACAUCACUUCACAGAAACCAGUAAGGCACUUUAAAUAUACCUAAUAAACCUAAACCUGAACUAAUGCUCUACAUUUCAGUAAGAAACACUCACCCCACAUAGGCCUGAAAGGUGGUUGUAAAAAUGUAGGUUUGUCCCAAAAAAAACAAUAACAAAUAAGAAAACCCAUAUGGCAAUUGUGAUCAACGUAGGUUGAUGUUGGUUAAAUUGGAAACUUCUCAAACCAAUCCUGCACUAUAAUCCACUUUUCUGCUUUUGUGCAUGUAUUUUUUUUUUCUUUUCAACCAAAGUACUGGUCCAGUGUGUGCUUUUUCAUUGGGUCAGAGCCACUGCAUUGGACUGUGUUUGCAUUAAAAACUCCAUCAAGGGAUAAAAACUUGUAAUAAAAACGUCUAAUGAAAUUCCAUGAAAAGACCAAAACCAAUAAUGUAUAAAAACAUAGCAGGAAAUGGAGUUGAUGACAUAAAUAACACACAACAAAUGUGUCUGGGAAGUUGUGGACGUUGUGGCCACAGGGCAGCGAGCAGUGUAUUUGUUGGGGACUAUUUUUAAAUGUCAUAUUUUCAGCGGCGGAUUUGCUCCGGUAGUGUGUAUUCACGGCAGCGGGGCAGCUUCAUAGAACACCCCCCGUUUGUUCUAUGAAGGAGUCAACACAGACUGAUAAAGACUCAUGGUUAGUUUUAGGUCUUUUCAAGGCAUAAAAAUAAAGAAUGUCACCAGACUUAUCCUUUUAAAAUCUACAGUGGGGUGAGAUAUUUCAGGUCUGUGAGGGACAAUCACGGUGUAGUUCUUGGUAAAUUGUGGGCUGGUCUGCGUUGCCUUCGGUUAAGGCAUCGACUGCAGCAGCAGUAUACUGUGUAGAUAACCUUCUUGGCCUUCUUUGCUGAAUAAAAACAAGCAUCUGUCAGUUCAUUGUUGUAGAGGUUUUCAGUCGUUCAGUAUUGUCUGCCUUUAGCCGUGUGAUUUGUUGUUGAAGUGGUGGGACUUCAAACAUUGAUCCUGUCAUGGCCUCUUCACUUAGAGGAGCCUCUACUGUAACAAUACACUUAAAUUUUGCCACUUUAAUUGAGUGAUCUAUAGGUGCAGUGCAACCUCAACUAGCGGAUUGUUUUGUGGUGCCUAAAAUUAUGACUGUAUUUUUUUUUUUAGUACUUUGGUUUUCAGAAAGUUGUUGUUUUUUUUUUAAUCAUGCUUUUGUCAUAAUGAGGAUAGAUUAUGAUUGUUUGUAUGAUGAAAUCCUGCUCAUUGUUGCAGGUUUUGCUGCAUUUUCUGGACAAAAUUCCAUCUGUUCAUCUUUUUCCAACCUCCUUAAUUUUGUCCAUUAGGCUGCCUGAUCUUUACAGUGGUGUUCCCCUCAAAAUACUUGGCACCUCUUUAAUUCUCUGUUAUCACUUCAUGCUUUGUCUUCUCUCCUGAAAGAACUCCUUUUCCUUUUUACUUUGUGUGUGUGUGUGAGUGAGAGAGAGUGAAAAUAUUUAACUUUUACGCCAAGUUGGUAAACCAUAAGAGAUCACUGUUGCAAAAGGAAAUCAAUCAACCACAUGACCAUUGAUGAACUGUGCUUUUGCUGUCACUGCUAUAUAUGAAAGGGAAUUACAUGCACAGAGUUGUAUGUGAAAGGGAGUAAAGCCUUGAAAUUAUGUAAAAUUAUCAUUUAAUGAACUGCAAGUGAAUCACCACCGCAUCUUUAAAAAAAAAACAUAGUUUGUAUAUUUUUAAAAAAAUAAAUCAAUGUCUGUUACAUUCAAACCAUCACACGAGAUCACACAAUACAGAUGAAGUCUGUCAACUUCAUACGACUCUCUUCUGUGUGAGUGUUUCGAUCUCGUGUUGCCUGGCGACAUUCCUGCGCUGCACACAGGAAGUGAUGUGUUAUAUGUCAAGACAGAUGGAGACAUUAGCAACGUUGUGUUAGUAAAGUGAGACAACUGCAAAAAAAACAGUUUGGAGUGUGACAGAAAACACAAAGAAGAGCUGCCAUAAGGUUUAAGAAGUGAAUUGAAUAUACAUAUACAUAUAUAUAUAUAUAUCCUGUAAAUCCAAAGAUGUGGCUGUUGGCACUGCCCUUAGAAAAGCACAUUACAAAAUAAUAUUCGAUAACAAGCACAUAUUUUGCUCUACUCUUGAUCUGAAUAUUGUCAUCGUGCUCAUGUUGGCCAAUCUUAAUAUACAACAGCACACAAAUUAGAAUAUAAUGUAUCAAUUGUAAAAGCAAAUUUUUUGCCCCCCUCCCUCCCAACACAGGCACACAUUACAUCACAAGAUUAUCCUUUUUGGCUAUUGCACUAUAUUCAUCCACAUCUUGCACCACCUCUCCAAUAGCACACAUCUGUACACGCGUAUAAAUAAAAAUAUGAAAGUGAACACUGCCGGCUCUGUGAUCUGUGAUGCAGUCGGAGAAGAAGAGGUAUGAUCUUUUUGGUCUUUUUUUUUGCAUGGGAAUGAACAAUUUUCUUCGUCUUUGCUGGACACACUAUGUCUGUAGCUUGACUUUGCACCAUACUCGCCGCCUUUAAUUUAAUUUCAGUGUAAUUCUGUCCCUACACUCAGAGUAUAUCACACAUAAAGCAUGCAUAGCCAAAACAGAAUUCCUCAAAUCACUUAAGUUGUCUGAAUUUCAGUGUGUCCUACUUCUCACAGUGUCGUGGCAGAUGUGUUUGUAUGUAUUUUACGUCUAGCAGAGGGACAGAAGUGCCCAUAGAAGUCCAUGCUGUGCUCCAAUGACAAAAAAAAGUAAGAAAAGAAAGCAAUUAGUAAAGUAAUUGAGUGUGUCUCAUUUUGUCUCAGAAUGUGUUUAAUUGGCACGUGUCAAAGGAAUCACAGAAAAUGAGUCAUUUCAUUUGAUGGUGACAGCUCCACCUUGUGUCACUGACAGAUUUUUAAGUCAAUUCAUCUGUGUUUCUAAUUACACUGGGGCAGAAGUUAGACGACAGUUGUUUGAUUUUAAAUUGUUGUGUAUUUGCUUUAAGUUCAUGGAUGAAAUGUAUUAUGUAUGUUUUGUGCACAUUACCCAUGUAUCAUUUAUCAACACAUG